AUGACUCAGAAGCACGCAUUUGACGUGGCAAGCAAGCGAUCAUGGCAAGAUGUUGUCGCUGCAAAACGAAAGGAACAAGCGACGCUGAUUCAACAGUACUUGGAUCGUGGCUUCUCAAGUUCGGCGCAGCUGACUUCGAUCGUCGAUAUUGAAACCAUUCCCGCCAAGAUCCUAGCCAGAGAGACCACUACGCUGGAUGUCAUCACUGCACACAUCGACCGAGCUAUAGGAGCGCACCGUCGCACCAACUGCUUGACAGAGUUGCUCUUUGCUGAGGCAAUCGAGACUGCAACACGACUCGACGAACACCUCAAGUCUACAGGCAGCCUCAUUGGUCCUUUCCAUGGUGUGCCGAUCACCCUCAAAGAUCAAUUCAAUGUUAAGGGCUAUGAUACGACCUUGGGCUACGUCGGUCGGGCUUUCCGUCCUGCCGCUGAGGAUGGCCACAUCGUGGAGGUACUCAGGAAGGCAGGAGCGAUUGUGCUUGCCAAAACAAAUCUCCCACAGUCAAUCAUGUGGUGUGAGACAGACAACCCUCUUUGGGGUCUUACGACCAACCCGCUGAACCCAGCCUUCACACCUGGAGGCUCUACUGGCGGCGAAGCAUGUGUGCUGCACUUCGGAGGCUCUCUUCUGGGCUGGGGAACUGACAUUGGCGGAUCAAUCCGCAUUCCAUCUCACAUGAACGGUUUGUUUGGACUGAAGCCAACGUCGUCCAGAUUGUCAUACGUUGGUGUCCCUGUAUCUACGGAAGGCCAGCAGCAUGUGCCGUCCGCUGUCGGACCAAUGGCACGGAGCAUGGACUCUCUAGUGUUUACGAUGAAAACACUGCUCGAUGCCAAACCGUGGAAUGCUGAUCCAGCAGUGACUCCGAAAUCAUGGGACGACAUUGCAUUUUCCGAAGCACAGAACCGGCCGCUAACCAUUGGCGUCAUGUACGAUGAUGGCGUCGUCAAGGUGCAUCCACCAAUUGAGCGCGUGUUGUUUGAGAUGACCCGUGCUCUGAAAGCGGCAGGCCAUGAGGUGAUUAUGUGGGAUCCUUCACUGCACGCGGAUUGCAUUCAGGUCAUGGAUCAGUACUACACCUCGGAUGGUGGCGAAGACAUACGUCGUGAUGUUGCCGCCGGAGGUGAGCCCAUGAUACCACACGUUGAAGCACUCGUCAACCGAGCACCGGCGAUCUCUGUGUAUGAUUAUUGGCAGUUAAACAAGCAGAAGAUCCGACUACAAAAGGCAUAUUACGACAAAUGGAAUGCCUGCCAAGGCCCAAGUGGGCGCAAAGUGGACGUUUUACUGACUCCGACCAUGCCACAUACAGCUCUCCCACACAAGGGUUGCCGUUGGGUCGGAUACACCAAGAUCUGGAACUUCCUCGACUAUCCGGCGGUCGUCUUCCCCGCAGGCCGAGCAGAUAAGCAACGUGAUGGCGGUUUGGACUCCAAUCACGUGCCUCGGAACGAAGCAGAUGCAUGGAACUGGUCCCGCUAUGACUGUGUAUCCAUGCACGGACAUCCAGUAGGCUUACAGAUUAUUGGUCCAAGAUUUAGCGAGGAAACUGUCCUCGGUGCAGCAAGGAUGUGUGGGUCGCUGUUGAGCCACGAGGAACCCUACGUCAACGGGGCCACAGACAGUACUUCUGCUUUCGACUGGAGCGCGCUGUUGACCACCUAG